GGAAGUAAACACCUUAUCGUAGCAAUUAAUAGUCAUGCCAAGUACGAACAAUUUUAUAGCACGUAUUCUAUCGUGUGGUCAUGUGAUGUAUUUUGCAUCUUCCUAAAACCAAACCUAAAUACCUCUAGCACACAACGCAAUUAUAAUCAAGAAAAAUGGGAUGGUGUUCAUGAUAGUUUGUGACUCCUAGGAUUCAUAUAGCUCGCUACAGGAACAUGCUGCAUGACUAACAUUCGAAGAUCUUCUACCUUAACAUGAUGGCGCCUAGUCCAGAUCCAGCCCCAGACAAGAAUUAUGCACAUGACGCCUUGGACUUGAGCAAUACAGAGGAGGAAGAAUCGUCACCCCUCCUGCCAGGCAAAAAAAAGCCUGGUAGCCCGUUGUGCUCUUGCCGUUACACUCUGAGCUACAUAGCUUUUAUGGGUAUCACAUGUGCGUUUAUUAAUCGGGUCAACAUUAGUGUUGCUAUGACGGCGAUGGCAAACAGCACUUACAGUGCGACCUAUGACCCCGUGAACUCCACUGCUGAACUUUGCCCUGAGAGGUCAGGUUUCAAUGAGUCGGAUGAUACCUUGGUGGAAGGCGAUUUUCCAUGGGAUUCACACACACAAGAGCAGAUCCUAGCCGCUUUCUACUAUGGCUUCCCAAUACUGCAGGUCCCGUCAGGGUUACUGGCCGACCGAUACCCCCAGUGUACCACCAUUAUCAUCGGCUUUGGGUACCUUACUUCAGCCGUGACAUCUUUAUUCAUUCCUCUAGCUGCUUAUGGAGGUGGCGUUCCAGCUAUCAUGGCGCUGCGAGUCAUGUCAGGUUUGGCGGAGAGUGGGACUUAUCCAUGCCUUUAUUCGCUGAUGUCACGCUGGGCCCCAAAAGCUGACAGGAGCACAUUACUUGCUAUCGUAUUUUCUGGAUCGUCGGUCGGGCAAAUCAUUGCUCAGCCGAUAUCUGGCGUACUCUCAUCAUCAGACUUCCUCGGUGGCUGGCCAUCCACAUUUUAUCUUUUUGGUACUUUUGGAGUAAUAUGGUAUAUCCUUUGGGUACUACUCGCGUAUCAUUCACCCCUAGCACAUCCUAGGAUAUCGAAGGAGGAGAGAGAUUACAUCGUGAAUGAUCUCAAACUUUCCAAAGCGCCACCGACGAGACGGAAGUACCCUUGGAAAGAUUUUUUUACGUCAUUGCCCCUCUUAGCUGUCUGUGUCGCCGAUUUUGCCUUGCUUUGGGUCCUUUAUUCACUUACUUCAAAUCUUCCAAUAUUCUUGAACGAGGCUCUACGAUUUGACAUCUCUCAGUCAGGUAUCCUAUCGUCGGUGCCAUAUAUUGCUUUGUUAUUCUGUAUCAUGGGCGGUGGAGUGAUGGCCGAUUUUCUCAUGGCACACACAAGAUUAAGCCUUACUGCUGUCAGAAAAAUCAUGACUACGCUCGGACUCGUUCCAUCAGGAUUUUUUCUAGUUUUAUCGGGGUCAGUCGGAUGUAAUGAAACUCUAGUAAUAACAUUCAUCUCACUUGGACUGGCAACCACGGGAAUCGCAUAUUCGGGAUCAUCCCUCACGAUGAUGGAGUUUGCUACCCCCUAUGCUGGAAUGGUCGUGGCCAUAGCAAAUACAGUUGCCACCAUACCGGGAUUCGUGGCGCCAAUCGUCGUUGCAAUUUUCACAGAAAACCAAGCCGACUUGGCAGGAUGGAGACAAUUUUUCUGGAUAUCAUUUGGGAUCUCCAUGUCUGCCUGGGUAAUCUUCAUGAUCUUUGGAACCUCUGAGCUUCAGUCCUGGGCCAAACUAGACACAAAGGAUGAUGGCACUGAUUCACCUAAGGGAGCCGGAGAGGAAAAAUACAAAACGUCGAUUCUGAAUGGAACUCAGAGGAAAGUCUCAAUAGAUCGCAAAUUUGGCGAUGAGUAGGAGAACAUAUGCUACAGUUACACCAACGAAACAAACAACCAAAGGACAGAUGAUAAUUGUGUCAUUGGUAAUAAGGUAGUAGAGUUUUUUGGUUUUCUUGGGAAAACCUCCUUUAAUGAAGGGAAGCGAUGGCGAAAAUAGAGCUACAAUUUUCUCAACCGUUGUCUUUAUAGUAGACUGAGCCAUGUAGACAAUUUAAGUUUGAUUACAAAUAUCAUUUGUGACCAUCCCAAAACCAACAAUUCGCCCCAAAUGAAUGUUCAAAUUUAAUUCAUUUUGGAAAAGCACAUACGCUUUUAUAGAAUGUAUAAUUUGUCAGAAUUGAUCAAUAAUAACGUACGUAAACACUUGAUUGAAUGAAUCAUUACGUAUAAAUACAUUCUCCCCAAACCCAUGACAAAAAAUGAAAUAGGCAAAAUAUCCCCCGAUAUUUAGCCAGACUCAUGUUUGUGGAAAUAUUGGAACCAUACCAACUUCUCGAUGCGUUUGAGGAUUGAUUAUGAAGAUUGGAUAUAAAGACGAAUUGAAUACGAUGCAAUAUAUAGAAAUUUAAGAAUGAAUGUGUAUAAAUACAAAUAAAUCUGUAUUUAAUUUUCAGGCUGAUGAUAAGGUUUAAACCUUAAAACAUGUUACGUUUAUUAAAAUGUUAUGCUCUUUUUAUUAUUUUUGUCUUCAAGUUGACAUCGUGUCAUUCUUUUGAAAAUUCAAUUAUGACAUAUCAAUUGGCUUCUUUAUUGAAUUAGUUUAUUUAUAACAUGUUUGUGUACUCUAGCCAAAUUUGUCUUUUGGAAGUAAAUCAAAUAUUGAUUUUAACUGCAUUAUAUACCAUCAUCUUUUUUUUUAAUGGUAAUUGGUAGUUAAUCAGAUUACUGAAUAUCCUGAUUAAAACAGAGUCAACCGAUAGAUCGAUGUGAAUAUGAUGAUAAACUUAACAUUGUGGAAUUGAAGAUAAAAAAAUAAAUAAAUAAACGGAUACCGCUCGAUGGUAAGAGGGGAAUUGGAAAAGACGGGAAGAGACGGUCAGCGAAAGGAAGCCAGUUCAAGAGUGCGAGUGGAUGACGGUUUGUGCACGCCUGGUUAUGGGUAUAUACCAUGUAUACUGUAUGUAAGAGUAGGAGUCAUGUUGCGUAUGGGGGGGGGAGUGUAAAGCCACGUAUUCUGUUACGAAAUCAAAUAUUUUGUAGCAAAAACACCCUGCAAUUCUUAUUUUGUUACAAAAUCAAUCGACGAAAAUGAUUUUGUCACAAAAUCGAUCGACGGGAAUGAAUUUGUUACAAAAUCGAUCGACGAAAAUGAUUUUGUUUCAAAAUCAAUUGAGAGGAAUGAUUUCAUUUCAAGGAAAAAUCCAAUCUGUUACCAAAAAAUUAUAAAGAAAUGUCUUAAUGGGAUUAAUUCACAGACCAUUUACGAAUGCAACGGACAAUCAAUAUCUCUCACUGCUCAUUUAUUCAUUUAUUUCCAUUCAAUUUUCGAUAAAACUUAUAUCCAAAGUAAAAAAAAAAAAAGGAUAAAUAUGACAGCAGGGAAAUAAAAAGAGCUUUAUAAACAUGAUAAAACACUGUCACCUGUCGACGACGCAUUACUCGCCAUUUGUUUGGUAUUUUAUUACAAGAGUUUUUUGUUCAAAUUAUUUCAAUUUUCCUAAAUGUUGUAGAACGUGUUAAGAACCAUGGGCCGGCAUGUUGCAAUCUAAAGGUCAAGUCCACAACAGAAAAUUCAAACUGGCAUAACGCUGAAAAUUUCAUCAAAAUCGGAUGUAAAAAAGAAAGUUAUGACAUUUUAAAGUUUCGCUUAUUUUUCACAAAACAGUGAUAUACAAAUAAGACAUUCCAUGAUGUCCCUCACUCACUAUUUCUUUAUUUUUGUAUUGUUUGAAUUACACAAUAUAUUUUUUUUGCAAAUUUGACAAUAGGGACCAACUUGACUGAACCAAAUAGGCCUGGUAUUAAACAAUGGUAAUUCCACAUGUUUAGGGAGGAAUUAAUCGUUGUUUUACUUGACAAUGAGGAGAAAAUCAGAAUAUUUCAUAUAAUAAAAUACAAAAGAAAUGGUGAGUGGAUCACGUCAUAAGUCUCCUCAUUUGUAUACCGACCAGGAUGUGCAUGUAACUCUUUUGUGAAACUUAGCGAAACGUCAAAAUGUCAACUUUCUUAGUUUACUUCCGAUUUUGAUGAAAUUUAUGCUUGUUGGAUUUUUCUCUUGUUAUGCAAAUAAACUUUUUGUCGGGGUGAA